CAGAUGGAGAACAGGACAGAAAUCACAGAGUUCAUCCUCCUAGGACUAACCAAUGCCCCAGAAAUACAAGCUCCCCUCUUUAUCUUGAUCAUGCUUAUCUAUUUCAUUAAUGUUGUUGGAAACCUCGGGAUGAUUGUUUUGAUUCUCACUGAUUCUCGUCUCCACACUCCCAUGUAUGUUUUCCUCAGCAAUUUGUCUCUGGUAGACGUUGGAUACUCCUCAGCUGUCACUCCCACGGUCAUGGCCGGGCUCCUUCUUGGACACAAGGUCAUCUCCUACAGUGAUUGUGCUGCUCAGAUGUUCUUCUUUGCAGCCUUUGCCAGCGUGGAGAAUUUCCUCUUGGCAUCCAUGGCUUAUGACCGUUUUGCAGCUGUGUGCAAACCCCUCCAUUACUCCACCACCAUGACCACAAGUGUGUGUGCCUGUGUGGUCAUAGGCUGCCAUGUCUGUGGUCUCCUGAAUGCCUCCAUCCACGUGGGGGAGACGUUCAGUCUCUCCUACUGUGAGUCCAACGUGGUCCAUCACUUCUUCUGUGAUGUUCCGGCAGUCAUGUCUCUGUCUUGCUCUGAUAGACAUGUCAAUGAGCUGGUUCUUGUUUAUGUAGCCAGCUUCAAUGUCUUUUUUGCCCUCCUAGUUAUUUUGGUGUCCUACCUAUUCAUAUUUGUCACCAUUCUAAAGAUGCGCUCAGCUGCAGGAUACCAGAAGGCUCUGUCCACUUGUGCCUCCCACUUCAUUGCUGUCUCCAUUUUCUAUGGGACAGUUAUCUACAUGUACUUACAGCCCAGCUCCAGCCACUCCAUGGACACAGACAAGAUCGCCUCUGUCUUUUACACUAUGGUCAUCCCCAUGCUGAACCCCUUGGUCUACAGCCUCAGGAACAAGGAGGUCAAGAGUGCAUUCAAAAAGGUAGUUUUAGAGGGAAAAUUCUUUCUAAGAUUUUGA